UCCUCCUCAUCCUGUGGUUUCCGACUAUAAACUGGUCGGACUUCUGUUUGCUUACCUGUAAUAUUCUAUCUCUAAUCGGGAAGUUAAGACAGUGCAAGUUUUUUGUCACACUGCUUAAUAUUAAGAGCCUUUUUUUUUUUAAUAGGAGGACGUUGUGACAGUUUUGGUGUCAUAACAGCGACCUUGUUGUCUUAGCUGGUUUGAAUUGAUGAGUCUAAAGUCUGGUUUAGGUGUGUUUGAUCGUCCUGAGCUGGUUCGAGGCUGAGCUCCGUCACAAACAGAAACAGCUCUUUUUCCACCUUUUUUUUUACUUUUACUCCCUCCACAACCAUGAAGCUGAUUAUCCUCAAUGAUUACGACCAGGCGAGUGAGUGGGCUGCCAAAUACAUUCGAAACAGGAUUUUACUCUUCAGACCUGGACCGGGCAGAUAUUUCACCCUGGGACUCCCCACAGGCAGCACCCCUUUAGGAUGUUAUAAGAAAUUGAUUGAGUACAACAAGACAGGAGAACUCUCAUUUGAGUACGUGAAGACAUUCAACAUGGAUGAAUACGUAGGACUUCCCAGAGAUCACCCAGAGAGCUACCACUCCUUCAUGUGGAAUAACUUCUUCAAGCACAUAGAUAUAAGAGCGGAGAAUACCCACAUCCUCGACGGUAAUGCUCCCGACCUGCAAGUAGAAUGCAAUGCCUUUGAGGACAAGAUCAAAGCUGCUGGGGGAAUCGAGCUGUUUGUUGGAGGUAUUGGGCCUGAUGGUCACAUUGCCUUCAAUGAACCUGGUUCAAGUCUAGUUUCCAGGACCAGAGUGAAGACCCUGGCGAGGGACACGAUUCUGGCAAAUGCCAGAUUCUUUGAUGGGGAUCUCUCUAAGGUGCCAACCAUGGCUCUGACAGUCGGUGUGGGUACUGUCAUGGAUUCAAAGGAGGUCAUGAUUCUUAUCACUGGAGCACACAAGGCUUUUGCUCUGUACAAAGCUAUAGAAGAAGGUGUGAAUCACAUGUGGACCGUGUCUGCAUUCCAGCAGCACCCUCAGACAAUCUUUGUGUGUGACGAGGACGCCACCUUAGAACUGAGGGUCAAAACUAUUAAGUACUUCCAAGGGAUGAUGCACGUGCAUAACAAGCUGGUGGAGACGCUUUGCCCCGAUGUGAAGAAAAACUGAGUUUUCGUCUUAAAUGUUUACAUCUGUGAGGCAUUUUGGUUGGAAAAAAUAACUUCAAUGAUUCAUUUACACUCCAUUUGAGAUGCACUGUUUCAGAAGUGCUUGAAUUAGUGUUUGUAGAAAUCACGUGUUGCAGUGCAAAUUUUAAGGUAAUUUUGUUUUCCCACAGCUUUGCUUUGUGUUGCUUCUUUUCAAUAAAGUUUGUUUAAUUUGUAUAUCA